AUGAGCGACUUCUUUUUAUUGAGUACGCAAGAAGGGCUAUUCGGACGUAUCCAAUCCAUCUCGCUAGGCUACAACUUGGCGGGUCUCAUGCCCAUGGUGUUCGAGAUGGUGGAGACAAUGAACUGGAUGAGCGAGAAGCUGCGGUGCCAGGUCAAGCGAUUGCUGUUCAACUACGAGACGGCCCUGAUUGGCGAGUUCAUCACUGCCGCCGUUCUGCAGCAUUACCUGACGACAUUGAGCCGGUCGCAACUCAAGGAUACGCAGCCGGCGGCUGAAGUGGUGUCAUACUAUUUGAUGGGGUUGGCUGGGCACAUCGUGCUUGCCUUGGGCUGUCUAACCAUCAUUGUGUCAACAAGAGCUAUCGUAAGUGUUCUGGGCGGAUACAUCUGGGAGGACGGUGAGCUGUACUAUCGACCCGGCGUCUUGAAGGCUCUUGGGGUCCUGAAGGUAGUCGAGCCCGACGGGACGGAGCUCUUCGUUCAUAUGACGCUGCACUGGAUCUCUAUUCCUUGUGACAAUCUCACUGUGCUCUGGACUGUGGAUGGACAUCCCAUGGAGUCGCCUGGGGACAAGCUGCGCAGCGACCACCUGAUGCUCGACGACGACGGAGAGGACGCGACCGCGGCCAUCUGGGGGACCGUGCUGGGCAAGAACGCGGCCUACACCACGCACGAGCAGGACCAGGACAUCAACAGCCCGCUCGAGGAUGCCGCCUUCCUCAGCCGUCAGCCGUUCGAGAAGGGGGGCGUCUCGCUUCUCUGCGGGACCACCUUCCCCUUCAAUAUGCUACAACUUGUGGACGCUGAGCCGGAGUUGUUUGAGAAGAAGUUCGAGAUUGAUGCAUCUCGCGUCGGUCUGAAAUGCACGCGAUGUUCACAGUGCGAUUGCUCGUGCUCCACCGAUGCGGAGAUACUGCUGAACGGGGAGAAGAUGAAGAGCUACAUGAUCGAGUACGUCAACGGACACAAGACGGACCAGCGCAAUCCAUACCGGAAUAGGCUGCUGGAGCAACACUGCUACAGCCCCGCGAUGUUCAACUACGGGCAUGAUGCAGUUGGACUCCGACCACUUCAAGCGCAUGAUGAAGGGCGUGCUCUCCCGAGGAGCGUCAGCACGGACACGUACGCCAACUACGGCAACCGGCUGGUCACGCUGCUGUACAUCCCGAACGGCGACGGCGAAGGGCGGCAGCGCAGUGAGAACAAUGCGUGCUGGUGA